AUGGCGACUCAUGUGAUGACCUCGACUACGGCUGCCAACCAGAUCUCGGUUUAUGGUCAGCCGUCCCCAUCCAACUCGGCCUCUAACACGCCUUCCAACAAUUCCCCUACCUCCCCUCGCAUGACCACCGCCACACUGCACCAACUGCCUUUGCAGUCGCGCCAGCUGCGUCCCCUCAAGGGCCCUCUUUACGUCCCAGCAGCUCUGCGACCAACUAAGCGACCCCAGAAGUCGUCUCCCAUUACUCCGCCUCGUAGCGUGCAUGGCUCGCUCGACAGCUUGAACGAGGAUACCUCCGAACCCAUCAGUCGUCGCUCGACAAUGGAGAGUCAGUCCAGCGAGAUCAGCCAGGUCGCCCAGCAUGAGUGGAUGAAGAAUGAGCAGCUGGGUGCUGUGACGGGCCCUCCCACCCGUGAACACUGGAAAGCCGACUCUGCCUCCUCCAACUGCGAUUCCCCGACUUGUCGCUCCUCCUUCGGUAUCUUCCUGCGUCGCCACCACUGCCGUCACUGUGGUCAUGUCUUCUGCGCCUCCCACACUCCUCACCUCGUUCCGCUUGACCAGGACGCUCGCUUCCACCCCGAUGGUCUUCCUUCCCGUGCCUGCGAUUUGUGCUGGAGCGCCCAUCAGCGCUGGGAAGAGAACCGUUCCGACCGUCUGAACAAGAUCCAGAACACCAUCGACGCCCAGCAGGUUGGAGUCUCGGUCCCCGAUUCCGAGGGCAUGAAUGCCGACGAAAAUUCCGAGUCUCAAGGCCAGACUGGUGAGGUUGCUGCCUCUGUUCCUCGCGACUGGAACUGGAGCACCUUUUAA